CCCUGUAAACAAGAAUCAUCUGGGUAAGUUCUCGGCGCCGGUCAAAGUGUCAUUCUCCCGAUCGCUGGUUGGACACAGAAAAGGAUGGAGACGCACGCGAAGGCGAUCGCAGAACUUCGCGAGAAAUUUCUGAAGAAGCUGGACGACGAGGGACCGCCCGAUCCCAGAGGUUUUCAUCCUGCUGAUAUAGCUAGGAUAAAAAAUAAUGAUGACUGGUUGAAGCGAUUCUUGGAACAUUAUGAAUUCGAUGAGCAGGAAGCAUUCAAUAUGCUUUGGGAAGUUUGCAGUUGGAGGAGAAAGUUUGGAACAAAUGAUAUUUCUGAAGACAAUAUAAGGAGAGAUUAUUUAGAAGAAGGGAUAUGUUUUAGUCAUGGUAAAGAUAAAGAUGGCAAGAAACUGCUUAUAAUUAAGUCAAAAUUACAUUUCAAGGCAGCAAAAGAUUUUUCAGAGCUUCAGAGAUGUAUAGUUUAUUGGUUUGAGAGAUUAGAAAGAGAAGGAAAUGGAAAUCAAAUAUCAAUAUUCUUUGACAUGGCAGAGACCGGACUUUCGAAUUUGGAUAUGGAGUUUACUAAAUACCUCAUUGGUUUAUUUAAAUCAUAUUAUCCAAAUUUCUUAAAUUACAUUAUAAUUUUCGAUAUGCCAUGGGUGUUGAAUGCAGCGUUUAAAAUAAUAAAAUCGUGGUUACCUGCUAAAGCUAUUCCAAAGAUUAAGUUUGUUAAUAAAUCGACAGUGAAAGAAUAUGUUGACCCAAAUGAUGCACUUAAAUGUUGGGGAGGUAACAACGAUUAUGUCUUCAAAUUUGUUCCAAUGGCACAAACAAAUGGAGAUGAUACGUUAAAUGGCAAAUUUGAUAACAAGAAGGUGCAUUUUGCAGAAACCUCACCGUUUACAGAACAGAGCCCAACUAGUUUUGGAGAUCAGACUAAUGAAGAACAAUUGUUAGCAAUAGAUCCUGCAGAAGUGAUUACAUUUAACAAGGAUGGAAAUGACAUUGUUGGGACAAUUGCACUGAAAAAUAUUACAACUGAAAAAUCUUUAUCUUUUAAGAUAAAGACAACUUCUCCUGAGAAAUUCAGAGUACGACCAAGUUCUGGAGUUUUGCAACCAUCCAAACAGAGAAGUAUUACAGUUAUAUUACAACCUGGUUACAAUGUGCGUGGUUUAUUGCACAAUGAUCGAUUCCUAGUAAUGUGCCUUCCUUUAAAAAAUGACAAUGCUACACCACAAGAAUUAACUGUACUCUGGAAGUCUGGAAAAGCAACAGAAAUGCACAGACUACGAUGUUGUGACGGUAACAAUGAAAGUAACGAGACACAAAAAUCCCACUCUAUGUUAACUUCAGGAAAUGAUCGUAAUAUUGAUGCACUUUUUUCUAAAAUAAAUCACUUAGAGGAAAGUUAUGUCAAGGUACAUAGUGAGGUUUCUACUGUGAAAUACAUGCUUGUUAUUUACAUGAUAUUGACAAUCUUUAUUGCGGCAGUAAUGACAUAUGUCUUUAAAACAGAUGUUACAAUUCCUAUAGAAAAAGAAGAACACUGCGAUAUUCCUCGUGGUAUUUAAAACAUUUGUGUUUAUAAUAACAAUAACUUUUAUAUAUAUGUAAGAAAGCAUGUUGAACAGAUGUUUCUAUCUAUAUAAAUCCAUCAUUUGUAUGGAUGUUAUGAAAAAUUUAUAUCUUGUAUAUCAUGUAUGGAAAUUUAUAUGUUGUCUUCUCUUUCAUAAAAGUUUAAAAAAAGUAUUCUUUUGUAUUUC